UUGCGUGUGAUGCGUGAGACUGGAGAGCCGCAGGGUUACAGACUCUCACAGAUAUCUGCUUUAUAAACAACGUUUUUUCUGCAAUAGAUACAAUAAUAAACUAACGAUUGGUUUGAUGCUGUUGUUAUGUAACGGAAUGAUUCGUUAAAGCGAUUUGUAGAGCGUUAUACACAGAGCCAGAUGAACUAGCAUGAGCUGCUGACUGAGAAGAGACUUGGACUCAAUUACUGAAGAUAAUAAUUUAAAUAUAACGCUAGAUAGCUUGAAUUUGACGGGAUCAAACAUUACAUGCUCCGUGGUGUGCAUGGCUAUGUAGUGAGCUAACUAGCUGGAUGCUCAGAUUGGGAUUUCGCCUGGUUUUGCACACUGUUGUUGUGUAAAAAUGAGAUAAAAUAGACUUAUUUUGUUAUCUGAGGCAUUGUUCCACAUCUCAUCGUGACACACACUUCCAGGACACGAAACCUUAGAAGUGCUAAAACCAAAAUCACAUUAGUAUCGUUUUUUUUUUUUUCUCAGCUAAAAGAGGAGCUUUGGUUAAAACAGCUCUAUGCCGGCAGACAUGACCAUGUUGGCGGAUCACACAGCCCGACAGCUGCUGGACUUCAGUCAGAAGCUGGACAUCAACCUGCUGGACAAUGUCGUCAACUCCAUGUACUAUGAUGUAGGAUCUCAGCAAAGACUGGCACAAGAAGUCCUCACCAACCUGAAGGAUCACCCAGAUGCAUGGACCAGAGUGGACACUAUUCUGGAGUUCUCCCAGAACAUGAAGACCAAAUACUACGCUUUGCAGAUACUCGAGACUGUAAUCAAAACGCGCUGGAAAAUUCUUCCAAGAAACCAAUGUGAAGGAAUUAAGAAGUAUGUUGUUGGACUGAUUAUCAAGACUUCCUCGGAUGCAAACAGUGUAGAGAAGGAGGGUGUUUACAUAGCAAAGCUGAACAUGAUCUUGGUGCAGAUCCUGAAGCAGGAAUGGCCGAAGCACUGGCCCACAUUCAUCAGUGACAUUGUGGGAGCGAGUCGCACCAGUGAGAGUCUGUGUCAGAACAACAUGAUCAUUCUGAAGCUGCUCAGUGAGGAGGUGUUUGACUUCUCCAGUGGACAGAUGACUCAGGUCAAAGCCAAGCACUUGAAGGACAGUAUGUGCAACGAAUUUUCCCAAAUAUUCCAGCUUUGCCAGUUUGUCAUGGAGAAUUCCCAGAAUGCCCCUCUUGUCCAUGCAACGUUGGAGACUCUUCUUCGUUUCCUGAACUGGAUUCCGCUGGGCUACAUAUUUGAGACCAAACUCAUCAGCACGCUGGUGUACAAGUUUCUGAAUGUUCCGAUGUUCAGGAACGUGACGCUGAAGUGUCUGACAGAGAUCGCAGGCGUCAGUGUCAGUCAGUACGAGGAGCAAUUUGUCAACCUGUUCACUCUCACCAUGAUGCAGCUGAAACAGAUGCUGCCUCUGAACACAAAUAUUCGUCUGGCGUACGCAAAUGGAAAAGACGACGAGCAAAACUUCAUCCAGAACCUCAGUCUGUUCCUCUGCACAUUCCUCAAGGAGCACGGCCAACUGAUAGAGAAAAGACUGAACCUUAGAGAGACACUCAUGGAGGCUCUGCAUUACAUGCUGCUGGUGUCAGAGGUGGAGGAGACGGAGAUCUUUAAGAUCUGUCUGGAGUAUUGGAACCAUCUGGCUGCUGAGCUGUACAGAGAGAGCCCCUUCUCCACUUCCACCUCCCCUCUACUGUCCACCAGCCAACACUUUGACGUGCCGCCCCGCAGACACCUCUACCUGCCUGUGCUCUCCAAGGUGCGUCUGCUGAUGGUGAGCCGCAUGGCCAAACCGGAGGAGGUUCUGGUGGUGGAGAACGAUCAGGGUGAGGUGGUGAGAGAGUUCAUGAAGGACACAGACUCCAUCAACCUCUACAAGAACAUGAGAGAGACUCUGGUCUACUUGACUCAUCUGGACUAUGCCGAUACGGAGCGUAUCAUGACAGAGAAGCUUCACAAUCAGGUGAACGGUACUGAGUGGUCCUGGAGGAACCUGAACACAUUGUGCUGGGCCAUCGGAUCCAUCAGUGGAGCCAUGCACGAGGAGGAUGAGAAGAGAUUCCUUGUCACUGUUAUUAAGGAUCUUUUGGGUCUGUGUGAACAGAAACGAGGGAAAGACAACAAGGCAAUCAUUGCCUCCAACAUCAUGUACAUCGUCGGCCAGUAUCCACGAUUCCUCAGGGCCCACUGGAAGUUCCUUAAGACCGUCGUCAACAAGCUAUUCGAGUUCAUGCACGAGACGCAUGACGGCGUUCAGGACAUGGCGUGUGACACAUUCAUUAAGAUCGCUCAGAAAUGCAGGAGGCAUUUCAUUCAGGUGCAGGUUGGCGAGGUGAUGCCCUUCAUCGAUGAGAUCCUCAACAACAUCAACACCAUCAUCUGUGACCUGCAGCCGCAGCAGGUGCACACCUUCUACGAGGCCGUGGGGUACAUGAUCGGAGCGCAGACGGAUCAGACCGUCCAAGAGCGCCUGAUAGAGAAAUACAUGCUGCUCCCCAACCAGGUGUGGGACAGCAUCAUUCAGCAGGCCACCAAGAAUGUGGACAUCCUGAAGGACCCCGAGACUGUGCGUCAGUUAGGAAGCAUCCUGAAGACCAACGUGAGAGCGUGCAAAGCUGUCGGUCACCCCUUCGUCCUGCAGCUGGGACGCAUUUACCUGGACAUGCUCAACGUCUACAAGUGCCUGAGUGAAAACAUAUCCUCUGCUGUCCAGACCAAUGGCGAGAUGGUGACCAAGCAGCCUCUGAUCAGGAGCAUGCGGACAGUGAAGAGAGAAACUCUAAAACUCAUCUCAGGAUGGGUCAACCGCUCCAACGACCCACAGAUGGUUGGAGAGAACUUUGUUCCACCUUUGUUGGAGGCGGUUCUCAUUGACUACCAAAGGAACGUUCCAGCUGCUCGAGAACCAGAGGUGCUGAGCACCAUGGCAACCAUCGUCAACAAACUCGGGAGUCACAUAACAGGAGAGAUCCCGAAGAUAUUCGACGCAGUGUUUGAAUGCACCUUGGAAAUGAUCAACAAGAACUUUGAGGAAUACCCGGAGCACAGGACACAUUUCUUCUACCUUCUCCAGGCUGUCAACUCCCAGUGUUUCCCAGCGUUCCUGUCCAUCCCACCUGCACAGUUCAAACUGGUUCUGGACUCCAUCAUCUGGGCCUUCAAACACACCAUGAGGAACGUGGCCGACACAGGGCUUCAGGUCCUAUUCACCAUGCUGCAGAACAUAGCACAGGAAGAGGGAGCCGCUCAAAGCUUCUAUCAGACUUUCUUCUGUGACAUCCUGCAACACAUAUUCUCUGUUGUCACGGAUACGUCGCACACGGCUGGUUUGACGAUGCACGCCUCCAUCCUGGCCUACAUGUUUAACCUGGUAGAGGAGGGUAAAAUCAGCGUAGCGCUGAACGCCGGCACCACGGCCAACAAUCAAGGCUAUGUGCAGGAGUACGUGGCCAACCUGCUCAAGACGGCCUUCCCACACCUGCAAGAUGCUCAAGUAAAGGUGUUUGUGACGGGUCUGUUCAGCUUGAAUCAGGACAUUCCUGCCUUCAAAGAGCAUCUUAGGGACUUCCUGGUGCAGAUCAAGGAGUUUGCAGGCGAGGACUCUACAGACCUGUUUCUGGAAGAGAGGGAAGCAUCUCUGCGUCAGGCUCAGGAGGAGAAACACAAGCUCCAGCUGUCUGUUCCUGGAAUCCUUAACCCUCAUGAGCUCCCGGAGGAGAUGUGCGAAUGAGCGCCUGUACAGUUUUGCACUCGUGAAGAAACGUGAGGGACCCUCAAAGCUCCUCCAAUGUGUGUAUGUGUGCGUACGGAGACCUAGUGGUUCAACGAGGACAAAUAUGUUGGUUGUUUGUCGACCAAAUCAAUGCCAAUAUGUAAAUUAAAAGCAUUUAACUUCUUACCAAGCCCGUCCCACUCAGUCCCCGGCCACCCCUUGGUUUUACUUGGCAGCAUAACAGCGUGUUUUAUAUGGAGGAAACUGGUGUGUAUCAAUUCAGUGUAUAUUAACACGAUUUCUGUUUGGUAUUUUGCUUUCCUAUUCGGGCGUACCUAAAGUUUAAAUUAUUCAAACAUUUUAAUGUUUUCUCUGUUGCCCUUUACCCUCAUCUAUUUGUGAAUAUGUAAUAUACAGUAAUGAAGGCGAAAGGGUACUUCAAAGGAAGAGAGAGAUUCUCACAUAGGGAAGUGUCAUUGAGCUUGUAUGUACCACAGCCAGUGAAUGUGACGGUUUAGGAUCAGUGGUGAUGCUGCUCUUAAGUUCGUUUUUAUAUUUUUGGAGGGUUUUGUUGUGUGUUAAAUACAUUUCUUUCUUUGUUUGCUGUAUUUUUGGGAAGACGGAGUUAUUUUAUAUGAUUCGGACUUCUGCAGUGUUUUUGUUUUUUCAUAAGGAUGUCCUACUCGGUUCAUAUUCACUUUGUAAAGCUGUGUAUUAGUACUCUGGCAACAUAAAGUUGGAUAUUUUUACAAAGCAUUGCGUUUGUGUUUUUCACCUAGCUUGUAGGACACGUUGUCAACAGUGCACUUACUAUGUACUGUAUGUUUCUGUAAAUAUAAAAUUGAACCUUCUUAAAGCAUUUUUGUGUUUCAAUCUCCAAAAUGUAAAUAGUCUCCCCAGUUGAAAUCGAGCAUACUUUUGAACAAAUUGAAAACUGAAGAAACCCCCAACAGAAAAUAUUGAACUUUGAUGCAUAACUUGGCCCAAAGUUUGCUAAGUAUUUCAUGUACGAGUAAAAUCUGGUUCAAUGUCCAAUUUAAAUGUGCUAAUAUCCACAGCGCUACUUUGGCUGUGUGCCUUACACUAAUAGUUAAAAAAGGUGGUUGGGGGGGGCAUGGGUCUGUCAACUUCAUAAGGAAUAUUCAGUCGACAGCAUUUGUUGAUUACAACAAAGGAUUUUUGACUCAUCCCUCAAAAAAACCCAAACAAAAAAGCAAAAUGGCGGUUACAGUGAGUCACUCCAACGGAACUGAAGGAGCACAUUUCCGGAGGGUUUAAAGGCAGAAAUGUGAAGCUUAUUUUAUAAAAGCACAUUAAUUCCUGUUAAAACUCAUGUAUUAGUUGAGCUGUAAACAUUCUUUUUUAAUUGUCAUUUUAGGGUUUGUUGAUAUCAUGUUGUCAAAGUAAAAAAAAAUGGCUGUUACUUUACAGGAAAAAAAGGCUAGUAAGUGAUUUUCUCACAUUAAAAUCAGGUUAACAUAUUGUUUACAUUUUU